UAUAAGAAUUUCUUUUUUUUUUUUUUUAAAUUUCUCUUUCUCUUUGUCUGAUCAUCUUCAAAUCACCACCUGCAAAAACAAAACCCCGAAGAAAAAAGUCUCCGGAGAAAAGAGACUGCCAACAAAACUUUGCUCAGACCAUAACCAAAAACCAAACAGUUUUCUUUAAAAAAUAUAUGAAAAAUAAGAGACAAAAGAGAUCAAGCUUUUUUUUGGUGUAUUCCAAUUUCCACCCAAAAAGUCCAAUUCCAUUAACAAACUCAAAACCAUCAACUUUCUUCACAAAACAACAAAAAUAAUCAAAACCCAUUUCAGCUUUGACUUCAAAGAAUUGUUUUUUUUUUUUUGUCAGCUGACAAUUUUUGCAAAAUUCAAGCUUUGGGUUUUUUUUUUUUUCUCAAUCAGAUCUGAUUAUGUUGAAGUUCAAAUCUUGAUUUGACACCUGGAAACAGGCCUUGGAAUUUGCAAUAUAAUCAUCAGCUUUUUUGUGAGUUGUAAUGGAUUUGGAUGAUUUCAGAUCAGUUCUGGAAGCAGCUGGUGUUGAUGUGUGGACUUUUAUAGAUACAGCAAUCCUGGUAGCUUCUUUGGAUUAUGGCCAAGAGUUGAAGAAAAGGAGAGAUGGGAUUGUGGAGAGGCUUUAUGCUACUUCCAUGGUUUCUAGGUGUAAAAGCUGUGAUUUUGGUGAGAGAUCAAAUGGGUAUCAAGUUAAUAAAGAAGGCAGCCUCCAUGAAGGUAAAGGUGGAGAAGGAGGAAAAGGAUCACCUUUCACACCUCAAUCAGAUAAUGAAGAUGAUGAUUUGGACCCUUAUGGAGGCUUGUUUGAUGAUGAACAAAAAAGGGUUCUGGAGAUUAAGGAGCGUCUUGAAGUACCUGAUCAGUCUGAAGAUUCUUUAGUUGAAUUGCUUCAAAGCUUGGCAGAUAUGGAUAUAACAUUUCAAGCUCUCAAGGAGACUGAUAUUGGGAGACAUGUGAACAAAUUGAGGAAGCAUUCAUCAAAUGACGUUAGGAGAUUAGUGAAGCAACUUGUCAGGAAUUGGAAGGAGAUUGUAGAUGAAUGGGUAAGGGUGAAUCAACCUGGAGAACUUGAAUCUGCUGCACUUAUGGCAGAUGGAGAUUCACCACAGCAAAAACUUCCUCAAAAUGGUCGUCAACAGAUGGGAGUUUUGGUUCAGACAAGAAUAAUUCAGAACCUGAAAGGAAGCCAAAGCCAAUCCCUCCUCCCCGAAAAGAUCCUCCACCUAGACCAACUCUCUCAACUCCUCCACAAAAUGUGCAGAGACAGAGAGAACAAAAGGAAAGCAAUUUUGACUCUGAAAAGCUGGCUUCUGCAAGGAAAAGGCUUCAAGAAAAUUAUAAAGAAGCUGAAAAUGGUGGUGGGGAUUAAAUGGCCAUCUAUUGCUAUGACUCUGUUUAAGUGGUUUGUAUCUUUAUCUAGUGAUCAAUUGCACUUCAGCCUUUGUGCUGUGACCAUUGGCAAGGGAAAGUAGCCUUCAGCUUGUUAUGCUGGUUGGUGGAUGUAAUUGAUCGGAUUCUGCGGGUACGCUCACUAUAACCUCCAUAGACUUUUUUCUUAUGUUUCAUGUCAGCAAUUUAAUACUACAUAUUUCGUAAACUGGACUUGCGUGAGCAAGAUUUGUUGGGAAUCUGUGGGUGACAUCCAUGAUUUAUAGCUUUUGUAAAGUUAGAUUGCAUAAAAAUGUAGAAAACAAUGAACCGGUGCUUUUGCUUAGCUAACAAAAUGUUAUGACUUUCCAAAGAAUUCAUAGUUCUAAUAUAAUAUCAAUUGCUCAUGUUCUUCAACUUUUACCAGAAAUAUUACUCAAUGCUUUUUCCUUUUAUUUUGUUUUUCUUUCUUUCUUUCUUUCGUGUAAGGGAUAAUACCUCAACUAAACAAAUUUUUAAUCAAGUACCUAAACUUUAAUUCUGUGUAUUAAGUUUUCCCAAUCUCUUAACACCUUUAGAAUAAUACUGACAUGGCACUUAAAUGCUGACAUGGAUAACACGUGAUUGUCACAUGGCAGUGAUGUAGUUGUCAUGUGUAACUUUUAAAGAAUAAAAAAAUAAUAAGAAAUUUUUCUUAGAAAUUAUAUUUUAAAAACUUUUAUUUUUUAAAAAUGACACAUGGCAGCCCUAUCUAAACCAAGUAUCAUCCAUGUUAGCGUUUAAAUGCUACAUCAGCAUUAUUUUAAUGGUGUUAAGAGUUGUGGCAACCUAAUAUAUGAAAAUGUAGUUUAAGGUAUUUGAUUAAAAUUUUUUUGGUUUACAUACCACAUUAAAAAAAGUGCAAUAGUUUAGGGACCAAAUCAAGUGUUAUCCCUUCCUAUAAAUUUAUUUUUAAUUUGUCCUAAAACUUUCACUGGUACUCAUUCAGUCCUAAAAGUUAUUGAAUGUGCGACUCUUGAAACAGAAACAUUAGCGGAAGCUUACCUGGCAUAUAAUGAAGUAAAUGUGGUGCUUGCUUGGCUUUUCACUAAUUUGUAAAAUAUUAAAAAAUUAUUUUCCAAAAUCGAAAAGCCAACCUCCUUGUACUUUGGUUCUUGCUUCUGCAUUACUUCAGUUCUUGCUUGUCUCUGUCUUGUUAAGUUGUGCUCGGUUGAAACAACUAUACUUGCAGGAUCCCUCCUACCCUUGAGUCUUACUGAAUGAGUUCUGGUCCAUGUGAGUUGCUGGAUUAGGAUGUUUCUGAGAUUGCAGGUAUUUUAAAUAUGGCACAAGUUUCUUCCUUGCUUUGGUUGCGUUCCAUCAAACCUUGUUUGUCUCUUUUGAUGAUGCUGUAAGUAAGUUCAACUGCUUUGAAUGACCUGAUGGAGCUUGACAUGUUCAAAUUUCUGUUCCUUACGUUCUUCAACAUUUGAUGAUAAUUUGGUAUUUGUUGUUACCACAUUUGCUUGUAAACUUUCUAGAUGAAUGAUAAAAUACAACUCUUUUGACAUUAUGGAGUACUAGUGCUAAUCAAACUUUUUGUCUGUGCCAAACUGUCUACGAAGGGCAAAACCCUGAAAAGAUAAGAAAGAGAGAUCAAUCAACAACAAAGCUUGGAAGUUUUCUUGGCGUUUAUGCUCCGACACUUAAGUGAUGCUCGGUCAAACAGUGGGAAGAAGAAUAAGGUGGAAUGUAAGCUUUAAGCCAAGAGUUUUUCAGUUGGUGUAGAAGUAACUAGAUGGGGCUACUUAUACCUGUGCGAUGAGAGAUCUUGGGCCUAGGUGGCCUGAGGUCGGCGUAAUAGGUUAGGGUUGAUCUUGUAGGCUCGAGCUGAGCUGGUAAUUGGUGAUCCACUUAGGAGAUGACAAGUUAGUGCUCUUAUGUGCCAACAAGUGGGCUGCAAAGGCGGUUGCGUUAAUGUUGACCUUGGAUUUUAGGUCGACUUAGACAUGUCAGCUUGGUUGAAAUAAUCAGAAUGCCUCCUCUUGCUAGUUGACUUAUACACCGAUGGAACAAGCUCAUUUUGCCCUUUGAACACUAAAAUGCGUUCCACUUUUUCUUGUUCCUUGAUUUUUUUCAGGCUUGCCAUUGCUAAUCCUUUCUUGUUUCGCAGCGGAGGGUUGACCGGUGAUUAGUAUUCUGCUUAGAUGUGCCCACCGGAUUUCAACAUGAAAACCAGCAUCUUAACUAAUCCUACGUUAUUAUUUGGUUUGAACAAACAUGUCCGAACAAACAGCCUUUGCAUUCCUUCAAUCCGAGUGUGAGAAACAGCUUGAGAAAAUCCGAGUGAUGAGCAAAAUUCCGACACGACAGUCGACAGUGGUAAGAUUUUUUGAACUAGAUAACUAAAUGGACCCAAUAAGAUUAACGGGCCUAAAAUCAUCUUGAGCCCAACCCUAAUAAUUAUUAUGACUUUUUUUUAAAUAAAAUUAUUUUUUUUAUUAAAAAAAAAAGCAAUAAUAGAAAAAGAAA